AUGAAAAGCCAGUCUGAAGAGGUGUGUUUUGAUAUAAAGCCAGCCAACGUGUUCAUCACAGCCACAGGUGAGGUGAAGCUGGGUGACCUGGGAUUAGGACGCUUCUUCAGCUCCAAAACCACGGCGGCACACUCCUUAGUGGGGACUCCUUACUACAUGUCGCCGGAGAGGAUCCACGAGAACGGAUACAAUUUUAAGUCUGAUAUCUGGUCUCUGGGAUGUCUUCUGUAUGAGAUGGCAGCGCUGCAGAGUCCCUUUUAUGGGGACAAGAUGAACCUGCUCUCCCUCUGCCAGAAGAUCGAGAAGUGUGAUUACCCCCCCCUCCCUCCGGACCAUCACUCUGAGAAGGUAGAUCAUUAA